CCGCUAUUCCGCUCCUUAGCCAGUGCACUCUGCUCAGCCUCGUCUGUACUCUACCACAUCAACGCCUCGUUGAACCCUUCGCUUUCUUUCACCACUCCCCUCCUCUGCAGAUAUGAUGGCCUCAGAUGCUCAGAGGCGUUACUAUGCUGCCAAUCCCAAUACCCCCUCGACAACAAGUCUUCUACCCCCCUCAGCAAGAGGCCAGGGAGGCGUGCAGGCCGCGCUCGCUCAAGGUCCCCCGUCAUUGCGUACUAUGACCAGCUCGGCCUCUCUCAAUGAGUCUCCGUACCCUAACGCCAGUGGGAGGAAGACGGCUUCGGUGGUCCCAUCAAUAUCGGACAAAUUUUCGUUGUCGCCCGAUCCUUCUUCAUGGGGUGCAGACUUGUCGCCUAACAUCCGCGAGCCUGAUGACUUUCUUCAUAAUCCUGAUCCAAAACGCGAUAGAAAGAAUGAUCAAGGCGGUACCGUGUUCACAUACCGUGGUCUCAUAAACCUUGGCUGUCUACUGCUCCUUGCGCUCUGUAUUUUUGCUCUUUUCGCUGGAUAUCCAAUAGCCACAUACUUCACAAAACAUUCUCUUUCCACGUUCGGCGCAUUCAACCUGGGAGGGACAAAUGCCAGUGGACAGGUUCCCGACAUGUCUGGAAACUGGGGACUCAUCGACCUGGAUACCCCACAGUGGGCAUAUACGCGUCCAUCAUUCACAGAAGACGGUGUAGAAUUGCAGCUCGUCUUUUCAGAUGAGUUCGAACAGGAUGGACGCACUUUCUAUCCCGGAGACGACCCAUACUGGGAAGCCGUAGAUUUGCACUACUGGCAGACGAACAAUAUGGAGUGGUAUGACCCUGCAGCAAUCACGACGAAGAACGGCGCGCUGGAGAUUACUUUGUCAGCGAAGCAAACUCAUGGUCUGGAUUAUCAAGGUGGGAUGAUGUCGACUUGGAACAAGUUUUGCUUCACCGGUGGUCUGAUCGAGACAGCUGUUACCCUUCCCGGCACGAACAACAUUGUCGGACUUUGGCCUGCUGUUUGGGCAAUGGGCAAUUUGGGACGUGCCGGUUAUGGUGCAUCGCUUGAAGGAAUGUGGCCAUACACCUAUGACUCGUGCGACGUCGGUACAGUAGCUAAUCAGACAAAAAAUGGACUGCCGCUCGCGGCGACUGUCAAUGGUGACACCAGUCAAAACGGUGUCCUCUCAUUCUUGCCUGGUCAGCGUUUGUCUCGAUGUACAUGCACCGGUGAAUCGCACCCUGGGCCUGUGCAUGAAGAUGGGACAUUUGUCGGUCGGUCUGCACCCGAGAUUGAUAUCUUUGAAGCGCAGAUUACGGGUGAUCCGCUUACUGGUCAAGUGUCGCAAUCUGGCCAGUUUGCACCAUUCAACGCUGCGUACAAAUGGCCGAACACGACGGCCAACCUGAUCAUCCCUAACGAUACCAUCACGGUCCUGAACUCGUACAUGGGCGGUGUCUUCCAGCAAGCCGUGUCAAGUGUGACAGAAACAGACCAGAACUGCUACGAAUUGAAGGAGGGCUGUUUCUCUGUUUAUGGAUUUGAAUAUGUACCUGGCUUCGACGAUGCGUACAUUGCUUGGAUCGCAAACAACAAGACCGCUUGGCGCCUGAAUGCUCCUGGAAUGGGUGCUGAUACAGCGGUGGAGAUCGGUCCCCGUGCUAUUCCCCAGGAGCCUAUGUAUAUCAUCGCCAACUUGGGCAUGUCGUCCAACUUCGGUUUCGUCGACCUUAAUCACUUGACGUUCCCGACCAAGAUGCGCGUGGAUUACAUUCGCGUGUACCAGCACAAGGACAAGAUCAAUAUCGGUUGCGACCCCGAGGACUUCCCUACACAAGCAUACAUCAACGAGUACAUGGAGGCAUACACCAACGAGAACUUGACGACGUGGCGAGACGACUUUGGCCAGCCAUUCCCUAAAAACUCUUUCUUGGGCCAAUGCUAAGCUCUCCUGUCACUCGAUAUCGUCCUCCUCAGUCUGGCCGCCAUGUUUGCUCGUAUCUUCCAUGCAUUUUUAGAUCUCCUGUCUUUCACACCAACUCCGACAAACCGCCUGUACGCUGACCCCUUGCAUAUAAUAUCCACGCCCAUGGUCGUCUUGUUUCACCCUCGUCUCAAGUCCAUGGUUAUUUCGAGCGUCCUCUUUCCCUCGGUCACAAUAUAUCCGCGCUCAAACCCCUCUCCAGGUCGAGGCCGCCCUCCUUCUGUCAGCGACUAUCACUUUCUGGACUCAAUCCCAUUAGGUUGGCCGCCACUGGCAGAGCGUCCUCUGCGCGGUUUCUUUCUCGUGCCUCUUUAUUUUGGAACUUUUAACUAUGGGUCGUGCCAUGGCGCCGCGCGCCGUGCGUGUUGAUUUUGGAAAUACACAUAGCCACGUCGCGCAUGUCCGCGCGUGUGUGCGUUUACCACCGUCAGAACAUUCCCACCUACCUCGCCCUCUGGUCGGAUGGACUGGGACCUUUUGAAACUUUUAUUAUUCACGACCGCUCUCGCACCCAUGUCCUCGAACUACGCACAGUUGUUUUACCGUUCAACCACCACACGGCCUCGCGCCCCGUAUUACCUUUAUUACCUCUUUACGUUUUCUGGCCCCCGUGUUCUAUUCUUGUGACUAGCUUUUGUUUUUUGAUCCUCCCACGCGCGCGUGCCCGGCCGAUGUCGGUUUGAGACGUGGCUGGCCGUCGCGCGUGGUUAGUUUUUAGUUAGCUAGCACUGGUCGAUGAUACACCGAUACCUGCGCGACACGUGGGAGCUGAGCGCAGAGCACUGCGAUG